UGUCAUUUAAUGCUGCCUGGUUUGUCUUUUUAUUAAUGCUGCCUGGUGUAACUGAAGAGUGUAAUUGAUAGAGUAUUUUUUUUUGGCAAAAAUGAACUUAAUAAGCUGCCUAUUAAGUUCUAGUUUCCCCAUGAGUAAGUUAGCACAAAAUAGAGAUACUUUAAUUAUUACCGGCUUAUUUUCCUUGAUAUCCCACGAGCGCAAAGUGCUAUCAGUUGAUGCAGAAGCAAGCUCGUUGGCAGAGAAUAUAUGAACAUAUGAAACAGUUUUUUUAUGACCAGAAAACACAUGAGCAGGCUAGCUAAUGUUUCUCAACUCUCAAGUCAUAGUAGUGAACAUUAUGAUCUGCAGAUCCACCUGUAUAAUACCAGCCAGCAUCCAAGGGUAAAACUGACAAAUAGAAUAAUCCUAAAGAAAACGUUGAAAUAAACUCGAAGUACCAGCACUCUUUUCCUGUUUGGUGCCCCAAACUUUAACUUGUUGACUAGUUAAGUAUCUUUUUUUUUUGUUUUGAGGAAUGAGUAGUAGAGUAUCUUGGUGAGUAAUGUGUUUCUUUUUGGAUAUGCCUUAAAUUCUCGAAACCAUGUGACUAGCUGGCAGCCUUCUCAAAAUCCUUGCUGCAUGAAAAUUUCAAUUUAUUUUGGUUAGAGUCGAGGGAAGGAUUGAACAAUAAAGAACUCGGCUUUGUUACAAGCCAUAUCAACCAUUUAAGUGAAUCCAAAUCCUGCCAAUUCAACACCAUAAGAACUCGCAUCAUAUAUAGUGCUUUCAAACUUCAACUCAUUUAUUGGUUGACCGUCUAAUCAUUCAUGGAACAGGGUAUUAAUUUCUGUAUGAACUCUUUUAAUGCCAAUGGGUUUCUUUUAGGCCAUGACUCGAUUUUUUGAAAAUAUUUAACGGGAUUUUCUUUUAGUUAUGUUCAUCUUUAUCAAAAUAUUACUUCCUAAUUGUUUCAUCCUUGCAUACUCAAAUGAAGCACGAGUUCUCUUGGGAUCCAUCAGUAGCUAAACUUGUUAAGAAGGGAUGGAAAUCGAAGGUCAGGCCUUACUGGUAUAGUGUCAAAGGUAUGCAAUGAACCUAGCUACCAAGCUGAAUGGUGUCCUCCUACCGUAAGGGAAGAAAUGAUUCAGAUUAGAUCAGAAGAGGAGAACAAAAAAAAAAGCAGAGCAAUGUAAGAAAAAUCGGGAUGGAAAUGGAGACCAAAAGAUUCGCCAUCGCCAAGGAUCCAUAUCUACAGAACAAAUGAGGCUAAAAUUGGAAAAGAAGCUGGGAUAUCAACCAUCUCCAUCUGAGGUCUACUAUGAAACUCAUGCGGAUAGUGGUGGCUGCUUUGUUAAUGCUAAGGCAGAAGCUGUGUGGAAAGAUUUCAUAGGUAGAAAAACCGCAAAUCUACAAUGUGAAGUUGAGAAUCGAAAGACAGAAGAUGAGUUGUUCCUUGAAGCUACGGGUGGGUGGAGUGAAAAGGGAAGGAUAUUUGGUUUGGGGGCAGCUACUAACUCUUUCUAUGAGAGACCCGGAGAUAGGAGGACCAAAAAAUCACGAACAAAUUAUGUAAUGGAGCAAAAGAGAGAGCUUGAUGAAACUAAGGAGAACCUUGCUGAAACUCAAGAGAACCUUGCUGAAACUCAAAAAAGACUUGCCGAAACUCAAAGAAUUCUGGAGGAUCUUCAUGAACAAUUUCGACUUAUUGUGCAAGCCAACAAUCUCUCGACCACUCCUACUUCUACGUCGUAGAUGGAUGACCGCAACCUUAGACUGAAGAUUGCUUUUUGGAAUGAAGGUGGUUUUUUUGUACAUGCUGUGAAGCCUGAUGUUAUUUUAUUUAGCAUGCAUAGUACUUCUAAAAUAGGCCUCAAGGUAUUAUAUUUGUGAUUAAAGGUACUAAUUAUUAACCUUAGUUAAUUAGAGGGGCUGCCUUUGUAUAGUGGUACAAGCUCCUCCACUUGUUGGCUACUUUUUAAGCUUGGUUAAUUAGAAAAAAUACUAAGUACAGGGGCAACUUUUGUGGUACAUGAUGUUACCUUUGACAUACUUUAAAAAUUUCUAUUAAUAUUUAACAAUUAUCAUUUUGUGA